AUGCUAGCGUCUAAGAACAUCUUUUCGCUAUGUUUGCUGGCGGCUAUCUUGUUCCGAAUUACAAGCGGUGUGGACUUACGGUACCAUGUGGUUACUUCAACCAUGGAUAUUGGUGUUCGUUACCUCUCUGCUACUGGACCUUUGAAAAAUGGUGCUGAGUGCAAUGAGUUUAAGAAACUCACCGAGGAGAGAUGGAAGAGCGGCUUUAUCAUGAACUGUCAGCAUCUAAGUGAAAAACAAAAUGACAAUUAUCCAAAAGAGCACGAAUUUCAACUAACGGUCAAUAAAACGCAUGUUCCAAUGGAGGUGCUCGGAAUCCCGUAUGCUUUUCAAAUGUGGUUCGUCAACCGACUAAUCAAUGGAGACACAAGUCAGUGUUUUACUGGAGUUGGAACUGCCCAAAGUGAGGAUGUUUACUAUACGGAAGAAUAUAGCGGAAAUAGAAACUAUUAUGAAAGAUUUAUACUGAUUGCUCCGAUCGAUGAAAAGAUUUGCCACGAGCUCAAGAAAGUAAGAUACUUUGUCGACGACCAGUUGAUUGUGAAAUGGUGCAAACGUUUAUUGAAAAGCGAAGUGAAAGUUAAUGGCCAAUUGCUAGGAAAGUACAUGUUGAACACGGAUGUGAGGCUUGUCAACUACAGAAGAGGGGAAAGCACCGAUAUUAGCGGCCUAUUCUUGCAAGAACUGAAUGGGCUCAAACUUGGCUGCAGAUACACGGGCUACUGGGCAACGGCAAAGCAACAUCCAUAAGCUAUUGUGGAACGUCCGAGACAGCCACUUGGGAUAAAUCUGGUUAUUGGCAUCCGAUUUCCCUUAUGAAUAGUUUAGUGCUAUUUAACUUCGCCAUUAAAUGAUUUUUCUGUGUAAAUUGUGG